CUCUUUUGGUCGACGGUGUUCCGUUCUGGUCUGAUAAUCUUAAAAGAGAGCUCAGCCCACCCAUCUCUAUUGCGGAAAUACAGCAAGUACGUAACAAAACUAAGAAGCAGGAAACGUUUCUUCUGGAUCGUUCGUGAGUGUGUUCUCAAGACAGCGACACUAACCACGAUGGCAAGCGCACCUCCUCUGGAGACAGCGACACUUGUGGGACACCCACCUCCUCCAUCAUAUGAGGAGGCACUGGGAUCAAAUCCACCUUAUCCACCAAUGGCCUAUGCUCCAGGCGAUGCCAAGACAUCUGUGCCUCCUUAUCCAAUGCAAGCCUACGGCCAUGUGUAUCCACCACCACCUCAACAAGGUCAACCUGUCACCAGUCCCGUUGUAUCUGUUCAGACGGUGUACGUUCAGCCUGGUCUGGUGUUCGGAAGUAUUCCAGUGCAGGCGCAUUGCCCAGCAUGCACACAGAACGUGAUAACUCGCCUUGAGCAUACAUCAGGAGCAUUAACCUGGCUCUCUUGCGCAGGUCUGGCCAUUUUUGGUUGCAUCUACGGCUGCUGCCUGAUUCCCUUCUGUAUGGACAGCCUGAAGGAUGUGACACACAUCUGUCCAAACUGCAGCAGCGUUUUAGGAGUCUACAAGAGAAUCUAAAGCAGCUGCAGAAAAUGUGAAAGAGUCGUGUAAUAACUGACUCUGUAUUUAUACGGGGAAAAAGUUACAGUGAACUUAUUUAGCAAGAGUUAAUUCAGUAGCUGUGCCACCGACACACUAACACGUAUUCAUAUGUAGGCGCACACACAUACUUGUCUUCUCAAUGUGAUUUAACGAAAAAUAAUGUUUAAUAUUUUAUAAAAUAAUUUUAUUUAACCUCACAAAUAUAAAGAAAUCUCUAACAUUACAGUGCAAUUUAUCUCAGUUCUUUCUGUAA